AUGGUGUCGGACGCCAGCAAGAAGAAGGCCGCGCAGAAGAAGGCGGCCGCCGCAGCCAAGAGGGGAGCCAAGGUCCCGGCCCCUUCCUCAUCUUCCUCCUCUGCCGCCGUUAAGGCCGUCGAUGCCGUCGCAGCGCUCAAGCUCUCCGAUCGCACCUGCACCGGCGUCCUCGCCUCCCACCCGCUCUCCAGAGAUAUCCACAUAGAGUCUCUUUCAUUAACGUUUCAUGGCCACGACCUUAUUGUAGAUUCUGAGUUGGAGCUCAACUAUGGGAGGCGUUAUGGUUUGCUCGGCCUAAAUGGCUGUGGAAAAUCUACUCUGCUCACAGCGAUAGGCUGCAGGGAGCUCCCUAUACCUGAACACAUGGACAUAUACCAUCUCACCCAUGAGAUCGAGGCUUCAGACAUGUCUGCACUACAAGCUGUUGUUAGUUGUGAUGAAGAAAGAGUGAAGUUGGAAAAGGAGGCGGAGAUUUUGGCUGCACAGGAUGAUGGUGGUGGUGAUGCUUUGGAUCGUGUAUAUGAGCGUUUAGAAGCGAUUGAUGCAUCAACUGCUGAAAAGCGUGCUGCUGAGAUAUUAUUUGGCUUAGGUUUUAACAAGCAAAUGCAAGCAAAGAAAACUCGAGAUUUUUCUGGUGGUUGGCGUAUGAGGAUUGCUUUGGCUAGAGCACUGUUCAUGAAUCCAACAAUCCUUUUGCUUGAUGAGCCCACGAACCAUCUAGAUCUUGAGGCAUGUGUCUGGUUGGAAGAGACGCUAAAGAAAUUUGACCGUAUACUUGUUGUCAUAUCGCAUUCCCAGGACUUUCUGAAUGGUGUGUGCACUAACAUCAUCCAUAUGCAGAACAAGAAGCUCAAGUUAUAUACUGGGAAUUAUGACCAGUAUGUUCAGACCCGCUCCGAGCUUGAAGAGAAUCAGAUGAAGCAGUUCAAGUGGGAGCAGGAGCAGAUUGCAUCAAUGAAGGAGUACAUUGCACGGUUUGGCCAUGGGUCAGCAAAGCUUGCACGUCAGGCUCAGAGCAAGGAGAAAACUCUUGCAAAGAUGGAGCGUGGUGGGCUCACCGAGAAGGUUGUUAGGGACAAAAUACUGGUCUUCCGCUUCACAAACGUUGGCAAGCUUCCACCACCAGUGCUUCAGUUUGUCGAGGUCACGUUUGGGUACACACCGGAUAAUCUCUUGUACAAGAAGCUUGACUUUGGUGUUGACCUGGACUCUAGGAUUGCACUGGUUGGUCCAAAUGGGGCAGGGAAGAGCACUCUUCUGAAGCUCAUGACUGGUGAGCUGGUUCCAUUGGACGGUAUGGUGAGGCGGCACAAUCACCUGCGCAUCGCACAGUUCCAUCAGCAUCUGGCAGAGAAGCUGGACCUGGACAUGUCAGCCCUGCAAUACAUGAUGAAGGAAUACCCUGGAAACGAAGAAGAGAGGAUGAGAGCUGCAGUUGGUAAGUUUGGGCUGUCAGGGAAGGCUCAGGUGAUGCCGAUGAGGAACCUGUCGGACGGGCAGAGGAGCCGUGUCAUCUUUGCGUGGCUGGCAUAUAGGCAGCCGCAGCUACUGCUGCUGGAUGAGCCAACGAACCAUCUUGAUAUCGAGACCAUUGACUCCCUAGCGGAGGCGCUGAAUGAGUGGGACGGCGGUCUGGUCCUGGUGAGCCAUGACUUCAGGCUGAUCAACCAGGUCGCUCAUGAGAUCUGGGUUUGUGAGAAUCAGGCAGUGACUAGGUGGGAAGGCGAUAUCAUGGAUUUCAAGGAACACUUGAGGAGCAAGGCUGGUUUAUCUGAUUAA